CCUUAGCCGCAAACCCGGGGAAAGAACCUGCUCCCGACGGGCGCGGGCUGCCCUUGCUACGUACACCGCAGCUAUGUGGGCCCACCUGAGGUCAGUUCUGCGGCCCUGCUUCCUCGCCGCUGCCCCGGGGCUGCGCGCCUAUCACGGGGACUCUGUGGCGGCGUUGGGCACCCAGCUGGACUCCGGCUCUGCCAUCUACCAGGAGAACUAUGAGCAGAUGAAAGCACUAGUGGAUCAACUCCAUGAACGAGCACAGUAUAUAAGACUAGGAGGUAGUGAGAAAGCCCGAGCACUGCACACAGCAAGAGGAAAACUAUUACCCAGAGAAAGAGUCGACACCCUUAUAGACCCAGGGUCUCCGUUUCUGGAGUUAUCCCAGUUUGCAGGUUACCAGUUAUAUGGUAAUGAGGAAGUCCCUGCAGGUGGCAUCAUUACAGGCAUUGGAAGAGUAUCAGGAGUAGAGUGCAUGAUUGUUGCUAAUGAUGCCACUGUGAAAGGAGGUUCCUACUACCCAGUGACUGUGAAAAAACACCUGCGGGCACAGGAAAUUGCGCUGCAAAACAGGCUCCCCUGCAUCUACCUGGUGGACUCAGGAGGAGCCAACUUACCCCGACAAGCUGAUGCGUUUCCAGACCGAGACCACUUUGGCCGCAUAUUCUAUAAUCAGGCAAUUAUGUCGUCUAAAGGUAUUACCCAGAUAGCAGUGGUCAUGGGUUCCUGUACAGCAGGAGGUGCUUAUGUGCCUGCAAUGGCGGAUGAAAACAUCAUUGUACGCAAGCAGGGUACAAUUUUCUUGGCAGGACCCCCUUUGGUUAAAGCGGCUACUGGUGAAGAGGUGUCUGCUGAGGAUCUUGGAGGUGCUGAUCUUCAUUGCAGAAAAUCUGGAGUCACUGACCACUAUGCUUUGAAUGAUCAUCAUGCCCUUCACUUGACUAGAAAGGUUGUGAGGAGUCUGAAUUAUCAGAAGAAAUUAGAUGUUACCAUUGAACCUUCUGAAGAGCCUUUAUUUCCUGCUGAUGAGAUGUAUGGAAUAGUUGGUGCUAACCUCAAGCGGAAUUUUGAUAUCCGAGAGGUCAUUGCUAGGAUCGUGGAUGGAAGCAGAUUCAAUGAGUUCAAAGCCUUCUAUGGAGACACAUUAGUUACAGGAUUUGCUCGAAUAUUUGGAUACCCCAUAGGCAUCAUUGGAAACAAUGGAGUUCUGUUUUCUGAAUCUGCAAAAAAGGGCGCUCACUUCGUCCAGUUAUGCUGCCAAAGAAAUAUUCCUCUGCUGUUCCUCCAGAAUAUCACUGGAUUCAUGGUUGGUAGAGAGUAUGAAGCCGAAGGAAUCGCCAAGGAUGGUGCCAAGAUGGUGGCUGCUGUAUCCUGUGCCAACGUGCCUAAGAUAACCAUCAUUAUUGGGGGAUCGUAUGGGGCUGGAAAUUAUGGGAUGUGUGGCAGAGCAUAUAGCCCAAGAUUUCUCUACAUGUGGCCAAAUGCUCGUAUCUCAGUGAUGGGAGGAGAGCAGGCAGCCAAUGUGUUAGCUACGAUCGCAAAGGACCAAAAAGCACGAGAGGGGAAACAGUUGUCCAGUGCUGAUGAAGCAGCUUUAAAAGAGCCAAUCAUUAAGCGGUUUGAAGAGGAAGGGAACCCUUACUAUUCCAGUGCAAGGCUGUGGGAUGAUGGGAUUAUCGAUCCAGUGGACACCAGAUUGGUUCUGGGUCUCAGUAUUAGUGCAGCCCUCAACGCCCCCAUCCAGAAGACUGACUUUGGCGUUUUCAGGAUGUAGCUGGAAUAUAAAAUGUGUUCUGUUGGACAUGUGCCAAAAAUUAUCAUAUGUAACCUUAAAAUUUUAGAUUUUUGAAUGUGUUUCUGUGAUUUUUUGUUCUUAAUAUAAUGCAUUGUACUUUUCUACCUUAAAAAAAAAUCAAUGAGGAUAUUUAUUUGAUGAGCAUCAAUUCCUUUUAAAUUUUCUUGGAGAAAUUUUUCUGUGGCUCAAUUUUAUCACCCAUGAAAUGAAGAGACUAAUUAUCCUUUAUAUCCUACAAAUAAUAUAAAAAGUUCUUUAAUCUAUAAAUUCCAGUGUGGUUGAGAUUAUUAAUAUAAAGUUUAUAUUUGCUGAAAUGAUUGUUUUGCUGAUUAGGCUUGAUGAUAUUUUAAGUUAUUUUAAAGAAUCAUCUAUUACCUUUCUCUUCAGUCACCAUCCUAUCUCCUUCCCAUAGUAAUCAGAUUUCUCACUGUCUGCACUGGGGGCCCUGCUUUCUAACCUAUUCUCUCCUUGUUCUGCCCCUCUCUGGCUUCCAUUGCCAACAGCUCUGUCCGGUCACCAUUGCUCUCCAUGUUGCUGAAGCCAGUGGAGUGUUUCCCAGCCUUAUCUGACUUUUCAGUAGCAUUCUGUUGGAUUGAACACUCCCUCCUUGAACUGCAUCCUUGGCUUUCAUACUUAACCCUCUAGAUUUUCCAUAAAUCCCUUUAGCCUUUCUUUUUUAGUUUCCCUUGUGGAAUCCUCUUCAUCUCCUGAUUUCCCCCACUUUUAUUAUUUGUCUUAAUUUUCAUUAAGGAAUACACAAAUACAUUCUUAUACUGAAAAGAUACAAAUAACACAAAAGUAUCUCCUUUUUUAAUGUAAGAAAUCAACCCUUUUAGCCAUUUUAAGUGUACAGUUCACUGGCAUUAAGUACCUUCAUAUUGCUGUGCAGCCAUCACCACCAUCCAUCUCUAGAACUUGUCGUUGUCCCACAUUGAUUCUCUGUGUCCAUUAAACAAUAUCUCCCAUUUCCCCCUACCCCCAGCUCCCAUUUUCUCCUCCCCCCCAGCCCCUGGCCCAUAUUAUUAAAUGCACAUAUUUCUCAUGGCAUAAAACACGUGCAUUCUUGCUGGGCCAUUUUGCCCCUCUCAUGGCUUCAGUCCCAUCUAAAUGCAUUCCUGCAUUGGCUCUUCCUAGCAUAGUUCUUCCCUGGUUCUACACUUGUGUGCUCUUAUAAAACAUGUCUACUGGACAUCCACCUGGUUGUCUUGGAGGAGCCUCAAUUCAGUCAUCAGGUGCUAUAACUUUGCCUCCUUGAUGGUCUCUUGAACUCCUCCAAUUAUAUUUGUCUCUUACCAGCAUGGGCCUUAGGAGUGGUCUGCUGCAUCUGGUCUUACCUCAUCCUGUCUGUUCACCUCUCGAGUUAGAGAGGCCACCCUAAAGUACACAUCUGGUCAGACUGCUCCCUUCCUUAAAAUCAUUCAGUGGUUUCUUGUGAAGUACCAGCUGGCCCCAAUGGCCUCCAUAAUCUUGCUUGAUCUUUGCUUUUUUAACCUCAUCUCUUUGACUCCUCUUUUCACAGGACAAUAGCUCUGGCCAUUCUAGAUGUCCAGGUCUUUGAACCUCCUAAGUUCUUCCACCAAAAGAUAUACAAGGCUCCCUUGACCUGAACUCUUCUCCUCUUACUUCUUCAGCACUUGUCCUUCAGCUUAAGCUCUUGAUUCUCUUUGAUAAACACUACUUCCUUAGGAAUGUUUCUGUGACUUCCCUGGACUGGGCUGGCUUCCCUACUGUGUGCUCUUGUAAAACAUCAUAUGCCUCUAUCACAAAUUCAUCAUUGUGUCAUAAAUGUUUCUUUAACAUUGCCCACUGCUAGAAUGUAAGCUCUACGAAAGCAAGGAUCUGUUUAUCCUGUGUCUACAGUGCCUGGCACUUGAGGGGCUCAAUAUUUGUUGAAUGAAUGAAAAUGUCCAUAUUAUAAUUGAUGUCCUCAGGACAUAAAAUUUUAAAAUUAGGUGUUUGAUUAUACAACUUGAUACAACUAUCAUGUUUUCUUAAUAAAAUUAAUAUUUCAAAUGUC